AUGAAGAUCUGUCAAGUUUCGACUCCAGAGGACAAGAAGUGUCUCUUCUUGAAUCUGGCUGGUCUUGGGAUCAGGAAGAUUGUCAAGGGUCUGGUUGUUCCCGCUCCAAGUGAUGUAACACACGACGACCCAGGAGACACAUACAUAGCCCUUACAGAGGCAGUCCGUGCUCAUUUUCGCCCAUCCAGAAACACGACGUCUGAAAGGCACAAAUUUCGGCAGAUUAAGCAGACGCCAGAUGAAUCUGUCUCCACCUUCGUUAGUCGGUUACGCGAGAAGGUGGCGUGGUGUGACUUUGCAGCGACAGACGUGGACUCGGUCGUCAACACACAGGCGCGUGACCAACUGAUUGCAGGGUUGCGAUCGCAGGAGCUGCGACAGGAACGGCUAAAGGGGGCAAAGCUAACGCUAGCGGAUGCCGUUUCAAAGGACGAAAGUCGGACGAGUCCAGGAGGCUUGGAGACAUCAGCGCCUAGAGGACCAGAAUUGGCUGCUGUAGUUUCGGGCAGCGUCUCGGGUGGAAUCGGAAGUGGCGACCGGCGCGCCAUGGGGAAGACGUCCACCAAGAGCCUAGGAUGCAAAUACUGUGGUCGUGUACAUGCCAAAGGCAAGCAAUUUUGCUCAGCUGCAAAUGUAAGGUGUCGGGACUGUGGCAAAGUAGGUCAUUUCGCAGCAGUCUGCCUCUCCGGCAAAGCUCAUGCGGUGCAGGAUGAGGACAGUGAAGCCGCGCGAAUUGUGUAA